CUACAUCCCAUCUCUCUCCCUCUCCCCUUCUUCUCCACCAUCGGCCGCCGCCACGGCCAGGCCGCCGUGGUGGUGAGCCAUUCACCCAGCGCCACCAUCUCCUUCUCCUCCCCGAAGCCAUCCAUCUCCACCGUCCGCGCCAAGCACCACCAGCACCACUCCAUCUCCACCGCGCCUUCACCAUCACCUCGCGCGCCCUACCAGACGCGGUGGUCUGGUGCCUCGCGCGACCUCUCCCUCCAGCCUGCGCGCCUCUCCCUGCUGUUUCCCAACUUCUUCUUCCCUUUGCUGCUCCUCCACCUUUCCUCGUCCCCCAAACUGUUUGCUGCUUCUCCUUCUAUGAACCCUUGCUGCUACUCCUUCCUCUCACGCCCCCCCUGCUGUUGCUCUUCUUGCGCCGAUCUGAAGUUGCUCCUUCUCUGAACUUACUGCUGCUCUCUACCUAAUCUCCCCAUGCCUCUGUUGUUCUUCUUGCCCAAACCAUGCUGUUACUCCUUAUCUGAACCUACUGUUGCUACUGCGCUCUGCUGCUUCUUCUCCUACGUUACUGCUGCUGCACCUUUAUCUUACCCUACUGCUGCUCUACUUCUCUCAUCGCCAACUGCUGCUCUCCUUCUCAACCCCCCUGCCGCCUCUGUUUCUUCUUGAACCUGAACUCUCUCUCUCUCUCUGAAUUUUCUGUAAGCUGAGAUGUAAAACUUUGUAAUGUUCAGAUUCUAAGAGCACUUGCAAUCUGAUAUAUGUUUAGUAGGUACUUGUCAUUUUCUAUUAAUUAAUAUUCUGCUAGUGUAUGUGUGUGAUCUCCUUUGUGUUCAUUUCUUGACUUGUGCUUGUUUAGUUCGAAUCAUUUUGUUGAUCUGUGAGCACUUCUUGUAACCCCCUAGUCGUAUACAUGUGUGGUUAUGUGUAUAUUGUAGUCCCUGUGUUAACUAUGUGCAUGUGAAACUAUAUAUGUAUGUGGUGUGAAACUUAUAUUUCCCAGUACCAUACUACUUGUGCAUGUUCAGCACUAUGAUACAUCUUUUAUUUCUAGUUCAUAUAUUCCUCCUAUGUACUUGUGAUAUGUACGUGCUUUUGAUGUGAAUCACUUCUGUCCUUGUCCCAUUAUCUUUGUUCUGUGUUUUUCUUCUUUUAUAUAACUACUAGUUAUAUUUGUGAUCAUAUAUUAGUACUUCCUUUUUGUCGAUGUUGAUGUUCUGUGUGUUUAUUUUAGUUUCUCAAGUAAUAUGAAAAUACCAAAAAGACAGAGAGUAUAAUCUGAACCUUCCUUUGCUUCUUUUCAUUUUCUUUUGUCGAUGAUUUUUCCCGAAUGAUCUUAGUUAGUCUAGAUUUAAUAUUCUGCUUUCAUCACCCAAUAUUGUGUUACCUAGAUUUAGCCGAGCGUUGUUGCCGUCGCCUAGUCCCUGUGGAGAACACGACAUCCAUAGUUUGGGCAUAAAAAACCCUGCUAUAUUACAAUUGAUCAUUUUGGCGCCGUUGCCGGGGACUAGCGUCGAGUGACCGUGUUAGGCUAUAGACUAGGUUUAUUUUAGUUCCAUGUCGUCGUGUAUUUCAUUUUCUGUGUUUCUUUUAUAUAUAUAAUUUUUUCCUUGUUGUUGCUUCGGCUUAUUAGGAUACUAACCUUCUGACUAGUGUUUACUGUUUAUGAAUGUGUGUAGGGAAUCAUAAAUCUUUGCAGGUUGUUCUAUAGUUACACUUGGUUAAGAUAUGGCAUUGCUUCGUGAUCUUUGGAUGCCAAGUAGUCAAUGUUAUAUCACAGGACCGGUUUGGCCAACUAUUGAGGUAGAGAAUUUUGAGCUGAAGCCUGGUCUUAUUGCUUUGGUUCAACAACAACAGUUUGGAGGACUGCCUACUGAGGAUCCCUAUGAGCACUUACACCGAGUCAUGGAGUAUUCAGAUACAGUCAAGUACCAUGGAGUUCCUCAAGAUGCAAUCAUGUGGAGGCUGUUCACAUUCUCCCUCCGCGAUGAUGCUCGUGCUUGGUAUCGAUCCUUGCCAUCAAGGUCAUACAGUUGGAAUGAGAUAUCGCGAGCUUUCUUGGAUAAAUAUUUCCCACUACACAAGCAGUCCGCAAUUCGAGAUGAGAUCUUCAAUUUCGUUCAGCGUGAAGGCGAGAGCUUGUAUGAUGCUUGGGAGAGAUACAAAGCCUUAUCAGGAGAUGUCCUAAUCAUGGGCUCGAGAGAUGGUUAGAGUUGCAGAUAUUCUAUAGAGGAUUGACUUCGAACACUCGAGCUUAUGUCGAUAUGGCAGCGGGUGGAGCUAUUACAAACAAGACACUUGAUGAAGCUUUUCUGCUGAUUGAGAGCAUAGCUUUCCACCAACUUCAGUGGUACAAUAAGAAGCCCACAUCUGAUUCAUUGGUUUGCUUGCAACAAAUCACUACACCUCAAUCACCAAUUCUUAGACAAAAGCUCGAGCCUCUAUCUCAGUGUGACAAGGUUGAGCUUGCAUGGAUUAUAUUUGACGAUGAUGACACCAUUCUAGUUGACACACACGCUACAGAUCAUCUGGAUACUAGUGUUGGAGAUUCAGUUUUGCAUUGUAAUGAUUCUUCCAUGGAUGAGCCAGAGCUGCAGUUCGUUGCUUUUGAUAUUGAGGAGUCACCUUUAGUUGAUAUUGAUCAUGUGCUGCUAGAGCCAGAUAUGGAGAAGUUCGCCUUUGAUGAUGUUAGCCGCAUUGAUUCUUCAACACUUGAGCCUGAGAUGGAGAGCUUCAUGGUUGAUUAUGGUGAGGUGGAUUCAGAUGUCAAGGAGUCAAGCUCUAUUUCACUUGUUGACACGAGUCCGGUGGAAAUUUCUACUACCACACCUCACUUGGUAUCUUCAAUUGAGGUAGUCCUGAAGCUUCUUCCCAAGUAUCUCAGGUUUAUGCUUGUGCACCAUUCAUGGCGGGCUGACCAAGUUCGAGAUGACAUCCCAUGGGAUCCUGGUGGAUUCACGGCAUGAUGAAGAGGAGAAGCAAGGGGGCACACACGAAGAAGAGUGAAGCUGGAGCAUCCAUGAGGAAGCAAAGGAGAAGAGGAGCAGCUUAGAGAUGAUCGAGCGAGUGCUACACCAUCAAAAUCCGGUGAGCUGUUUCAUGACCCAAUCUGAAUACCAUCAUACAUUAUACAUGUUGUAAUCAACUGUUAUUUGAGUUGCUUGAGUCAUUUCUUAAAUACCGUCCCACUGAAUUUUACCUUCGACAUAGGGCGAUUGAUGUGAAUAUGUGAACUGAGUGUUGAAUGCCUUGUAAACUAGUGAUCUAUACAAUGCUUGCUUUGCUGAAAGUAGUGGAAGUUAUUAGUUUUGAGUGCUCAAAUCCCUAGUACACUAGAAAACUUAAUCAUUUUCUGCUUUUACCUCGAUACACCUAGAUCACCACGUUUAGAUGCUGUAUUUGUGCCAAGUGUCUUCCCAUUGAGAGCAAUCACCUAACCACUAUGGAUUAGCAUGCUAUGUUCCCUGGAUCGGUAGCAUGUGAACCAGACAUGGAGAAGUGAUGAUUCCUAUUUUUG